GUUAAGUCCAUUUGAUUCCGCCAAUCUGUCAGCUGAUAAUUCAUUUUUCAGUUAAUCCUUUUCAAUUAAGCCCAUAAAAAAAAAGUUAUUAGCCGCGCUGGAUACAUUUUGAAAUUUUUUUAUAUUUUUUAUCGUGGAUUCAUUUUGAAUAUAGAGAAAAGUUUGAUCUGAUUCCUUUUUUUUUAUGUCUCCACUAAAUUUGGAAAAGAUAAAAAGAAGAGAAGAGAAGGUUAUGUGAUCGAGUAAAGACGAUAAGCUGAGCAUAUCAUCAAGUUUUGGAUCUGAUGACACAAAGAAAGUCACGUGUGUAUGUUCUCUGUUUUCUUGUGACCAAGGGCUAGAUUUUUUUUCAGAUCUUGGAUUGAAUAAAGAUUCGUUUUGGCUUUCAAGCUUCUAUCUACAAAGGUAAACAAAAAUGUCGGCUUAUGCGCAUCAGAUGGAGAGGGAAUUCUCAGGUCUCUCUAGCCGAGGCAAUUCCGAUUUGGGGAGUCGAUAUUCGAUGGAAUCUGGAUGUUACAUGACAUCUUUAGCAGCUUCCAUCUUCAUAGCGUCUCUAGUAACAUUUGGAGUUUUGAUGAUAACACUUUUUAUAGCUUUAUCAACCAUGUUACAAACCUGUGAGAACCGGAAUAUUGGAAUAGUCGAGGCUCAAAGACUUGAUGAAAGUUUCGGUUACUGUAAAAUCUUGUCUAUACACUCGCAGCUCAAUAGCUUGGGAGACGAAAGUGAGUUACCAUUGUUAUGUAGAGAAGUUGCUUUACGCAGAAUCAAACAAGGAAUUUACGUGAGAGAGUUAAACUUCACUAUUCAAUUGGCUCUCACUUAUUUCCAAACAAUCAAACCGAUGAAUGAUAACCGCGAUGUUGUUGUGAUCGAUAUUGAUGACACCAAUCUAUUAGAACAAGAUAGUUAUUACAUGAAGUAUAUUGAAGAAGCAAAGCAUCAGAAAAGCAUACUAACACUUGAACUAUAUUCUAAGCUAAGAUCACAAGGCUAUUCAAUGGUUCUAUUAUCAAGAAGACCCGAAACAGAGCGGAACGCCACAACCGAGCAGUUAAAGUCUAGAGGAUACAGCGAUUGGUCACAUUUGAUCAUGAGGGAAGAUACAAGACAAAAGGAAGAGUUAGAAAGAGGUCACCGUGUAAUUGGAUUCAUUGGUAAUCAUAUGGAUGUGUUAAGAGGCCAGUGGAAUUGGCAAAGCAAGCGUCUGUUCAAACUUCCAAGCCUUACCUAUGAUGAUGUUUUGGAUUACAGUGAAAGAUGAAAUCAUGAAGUUUCAUGUGUAUAGGUUUUCAAGAGUUUUCUGUAAUAUAGUUUUAUAUGUUCCAAAGAUAAAGUAGAGACAUAUUGUAAUUCUUCAAUGUCUCAUGUAUACUUCUCUAGUUUCUUCUUCAAUUUCCUGAAUUUAGUCCGUCUUUUGUCA